AUGGAUUCUCAGCCAGGGCCAUCAAAUAUCAGUAAAUGGGUGGAUAGAAGGCCUUUAACUAAAAAAGAUCUAGAAGAGGAAAUAAGGAAAAUAAUGGAGGAGGAGAGUGAUGACAAUGAAAUUCCACCAACUGAAUCAGAUAGUGAAGUUGACCACAUUUCAGUAAGCGACCAUCUUACCGACACUGACGCAGACGAACCAUCAGAAGAUGAAGGCAAUUUUUACGAAUCAAGCUUGGCAGGUACUCCAUCUUCUCACUUUUAUCUGGGGAAAGAUGGUACACGUUGGUCCAAACAACAUCCACCAAUAAAUGUAAGGACUAGAGCCCAUAAUUUAGUGACCCAUCUACCGGGACCGAAAGGAAAAGCAAAGGAUGCAACUACUCCUUUUGAAGGUUGGAAUUGUAUGAUUUCUGAUAAUAUGAUAAACCAUAUUGUCAGAUAUACCAACAUAUACAUAGAUUUGUCGCGAGGAAAAUUUGUUAGGGAGAGAGAUGCCGCUCCUACAGACCAACGAGAGAUGAAAGCACUUUUCGGUUUGCUGUACUACGCUGGGGUACUGAAGUCUGGGAGACUCAAUACAUUGGAAUUGUGGGAAAAAGAUGGAUCUGGUGUGGACAUAUUUCCAGCCGUCAUGUCUCGAAAACGCUUUUUAUUUUUACUCACUUCUUUACGUUUUGAUGACAUACGUGAUAGGCACACCAGACGACAAAGUGACAAACUGGCUCCCAUACGUGAACUCUCAGAAUUAUUUAAAAACAACAUUCAAAGCUCCUAUGUUAUUAGUGAGUAUGCCACAAUAGACGAAAAAUUGGAACCUUUUAGGGGAAGAUGCUCGUUUAGGCAGUACAUAAAGAGUAAGCCAGCAAGAUAUGGCAUAAAAAUUUUUCUUUUGACUGACAGUCGUACAUACUAUACGAACAACUUUGAAAUAUAUGCUGGUAAGCAACCGGAAGGUGAGUACAAGUUACAAAAUGAUCCUUAUUCAGUCGUAUGCCGUCUCAUCAAACCAAUUGAAAAAACUGGCCGAAACAUAACAAUGGACAAUUGGUUUAUGAGUAUAAAGCUAAUGAAUGAUCUUUUGAAAAAUCAUCGCUUGACCUGUGUUGGAACUAUCCGAAAAAAUAAAAGGGAAGUACCAACUGCAUUUGUCACUCCAAAAAAUCGGUCUGAAUAUUCUAGUUUAUUUGCGUUCUCGGAAAAUAAAACAGUAGUUUCAUAUUGCCCUAAGAAAGGUAAAGUAGUUUUGGUGGGUUCAACUAUGCAUAACGAUGACUGUAUCAACAGUGAAUCUGAAAAGCAAAAACCUGAAAUAAUAGAGUUCUACAAUUUGACUAAGGGUGGAGUCGAUACUGUCGAUACUGUCGAAUAUAAUCCACAUAAUUAUGUGGAUUAUAUUCUGUAUCCAGGAGGUCGCAAAGGUGGCCACUAA